AUGAACCGCAGUCGAAGGAACGAUCCACCUUCGUCAAUGAUUUCGACGCUAAACGCACUGGCAGCACCGCCCGCCAAAAAGGGCCUGGCCAUCGAUCACUGCCACCUGGUCAUUCUCAACAUUGUGCCGCUCGGCGUCGAAUCUUUGGUGACCAAUCGGAGUCUGCUCAAGAUCUCACCGCUGCUGGACGUCGAGAUCCACACGGUCAGUGCUCCGGACAUCUCGUACAAGCUGACGCACCUCAUCCUAAACCACUACGAUCUGGCCAGCACCACGGUGACCAACAUUCCCAUGAAGGAAGAGCAGAACGCCAACUCCAGCGCCAACUACGAUGUGGAAAUCCUACACAGCCGUCGGGCUCAUUCGAUCACCUGUGGCCCGGACUUCAGUCUGCCCACGAGCAUCAAGCAGGGCGCCACCUACGAGACUGUGACCCUCAAGUGGUGCACCCCGCGUGGCUGCGGCUCGGCGGACCUGCAACCCUGCCUGGGCCAGUUCCUCGUGACGCCCGUGGACGUUACCUCGCGUCCCAGCUCCUGCCUGAUCAACUUUCUGCUGAACGGACGCUCAGUACUGCUGGAAAUGCCCCGCAAGACCGGCUCCAAGGCCACCAGCCACAUGCUUUCUGCCCGCGGUGGCGAAAUAUUUGUCCACUCCCUGUGCAUCACGCGCUCCUGCAUGGACGAGGCACCGGCGAUUACCGAUGGACCCGGAGGACGGGUCCCGGACUAUCGCACCGCUGAACUGGGUCAGCUUAUUAAGAUGUCGCGCAUGGUGCCGCUAAAGGUGAAGGAUCCCUCUGCACCCAAUUUGUCUCGACGGCUGCCACGCUACUUCCCCCUGACCACCAGCUCCUCGAUCCUGUUUCACCUGCAGCGACAGAUCAGUUGGCUACCGCAUUUUUUGCACCUGCUGGUUAAGGAAGACAUGGACAAACAGGAGGAGGUGCGCUGCCAGCAGCACAUCCAUGAGCUCUACAAAAGCGCCUCGCGCGGCGAUGUUCUUCCCUUCACCCACACCAACGGAGCAAGACUAAAGAUAUCCAAGGCCAAGGACCAGUACCGCUUGCUGUAUAGGGAGCUGGAGCAGCUUAUUCAGCUGAACGCCACCACUGUACACCACAAGAAUCUGCUGGAAAGCCUGCAAAGUUUACGAGCUGCCUACGGCGAUGCGCCGCUUAAGUCGGAACCAGGCGCCAGUCUCCUGCGCUCCUACACGGAAUCCCCACUCUCUCCUGAGCGCCUGGAGCCCCUCAGUAGCGGAAGUGGCAGUGGCAGUAACAACUCCAAUAGCCUGCUCAAGGCCAGCAAGCGGCGCAUGUCCAGUUGCGGGCAAAGAUCCCUGCUCGAUAUCAUCUCCUCGGCGGAACGAAGUCAGUCCAACAAACGAUUGGACUUCUCCGGCCGCCUUUGCACGCCGCUGGGGCAAGUGGCUAAAUUGUAUCCGGACUUUGGAAACAAGGAAAAGGACUCCCUAACGACGGGAGCUUACAUUGCGCCCAAUGUUAAAGAGGAAUCCAUUCGCAGUUAAACGGAACUGAAAACACAGGACCUUCAGCUAGGUCUAGAGUUAUAUCUAUAGAAAGAAACUUUCUGUAAUAUUUUCCUUAAAGUUAACGUCGUAUAAGGUUUAUAGGAAAUAAUUUCAGUGUUGCAAUCAAGUAUUUUUCUGUGAGUUUCGGCUCUUGAUUGUUCCCUUGAUUUAAUCCCAUUUUUUGGUUGGGAAAAGCAGAACUGUAUUGAAAAGUGUGUAAUACUAUUAUUCCUUUAUGUUAACUGCCUCAAAAUGAAUUAAUUUACGAUUCAAACUGUAUGUUUCAAUUAAGCAAUUAUUAACUUAUGGGCGAGAUCGGCCUUUUUAAACCUGUUUUUGAUCUUUGCACCGCUCUCCUUUA